CGAUUAUAUUACAUGAAGAGAAAAACUAUUCUUAUACAUUGAAGUUAUUGUUUUUUUGUCACUUGUUAUUUUAUAGUACAUAAAAGAAUAAGGUCUGUAACCAAAUGGCCGACCAAUGUAUCUUGGUUGGUGGAUUUUCACAUUGUUAUGUAAAGUUUGGCGACGUGACUCAACCAUAAAGAUGAGAAUAUAUAAUAAAUUUGUUCAAACUCCAUUCUUGUUAUUUAUUAUUUACAUGGUCCCCGUAUAUAUUACUUCUUUUUGUAUGGAUUUUAUUCAUUUAUUAACAUGUACAAUGCAGACAAUAACUUCUCCCUAUAAAAGCUCAUUCGAGCAAGUCUCUUCACCCAUCAAAUCAUUUAUAUUCCAAAGCUUUCUGCCCUGUUCAAAAAAUCACACUCUCUAUCUCGACUCUAUCUAAAUUAUCUUUCUAGAAGAUUCGUAACUCGAGAAAAAUCUAAGACAAGUUUUUUGUCAAGAGAUUCGUCGUAUUAAAUCUCACCAUCUUUAGUAUUUGAGAGUACUAAAUCAUUGUUACAUAUCAACCGGUCUGCAAACGGAUAUGGAGAGCAUCAUGAACAUGAAGAGAAAGGAGAAGAAAUCACAAAGUAGAAGACUCGGGAAGUAUCUCAAAGAACAGAAAGCGAGGAUUUACAUCAUUAGGAGAUGUGUGAUGAUGCUCCUAUGUUCACGUGAUUGAUUCAUUUAUUCAUUAACAACACAUAUACAUGCAUGCUUAUGUACGUGUAUGUGUGUGUGUGUGUGUGAGAGAGAGAGUAUGCAGAAAUCAGAGGCAAGCUAAAGGAAAGCAUGUCAAUGAUAAAAAUUUAGAUUGCUUUGUUUUGCCUUGUCCUAUAUGUAAAUACACUAUUAGAAGCCAAUGAUCAUGAUUAGAAGAAAGUAUUACUUUAUGCAGUCGUGUUACGAUGUCAAUCACACAAUAUCAGCGUUCAUUACUCAAUCACAAAGAGAUCGGCCACAGUGUGAAGAUUAAUUCACAUUCAUUUCUAGUUAUCCCGUACGAUUCUCCCGAUCUAAAUCGGUUUUACAUGAAGAAGAUUUUACUCAACAUGUUCUAUUCGAUACGGGUAGGAGAAACGGUAUUCUUUUCAAAAAAAAAUAUUAAUAAAAAAUCACUCUAAAGACAAACGGUUUUAUACCACCAAACUAAAAAAACUCCCUUCUUUUUUAGGUUAUAUAAUACGAAACCACUUGUUCUUCUCUGUUCUUAUUAAGUAGUUAGGUUUACGGCUCCGAUCAGUGAUCACAAAUUGACAUCUUUUACAAUCAGCUUCGUAAUAACUCAUCGAAUU